AUGGAGUACCGAUAUUUGGGUCACAGUGGACUCAAAAUUUCGGUUCUUUCUCUUGGUGGCUGGGUUAACUUCGGCCGAAUUUCACCAGAUGUAACUUUAAAAUGCAUGCAGGUAGCAUUCGAGAAUGGCAUUAACUAUUUCGAUACUGCGGAAGUUUACGACGGCGGAAAAUCUGAAAUCGAUAUGGGUAAUGCAAUCAAGAACUUGGGUUGGAAACGAUCUAAUUUUGUAAUAUCCACAAAAAUCUUUUGGGGUGGAAAAGGUCCAAAUGACCGAGGAUUAUCUAGAAAACAUAUUAUUGAGGGGUUAAACGCGUCUCUGAAAAGACUAGAGUUGGAUUAUGUUGACAUUGUAUAUGCUCAUAGACCAGACCCUGAUACCCCAAUGGCAGAAACAGUUCGCGCUUUCAACUAUGUAAUUAACCAAGGGAAGGCGUUCUAUUGGGGAACUUCUGAAUGGGCAGCUCAUCAAAUAGUAGAAGCUUAUAGUGUUGCUAAUCAACUUUUACUUAUUCCUCCACUGGUUGAACAAACACAAUACAACAUGUUCCAUCGCGAACGUGUAGAACAUGAAUAUAUUUCUUUAUUCAAAGAAUUCAAAAUGGGUGCUGCAGUCUGGUCACCUCUUGCCGGCGGUAUCUUGACGGGUAAACAUAAUGAAAAAAUAGCUGAAGACUCUCGAUUAGCGUUACAAGACAAUGCUCCCAUUGCUGAUAAAAUCGGGAUGACAUCUGCCCAACUUGCAAUUGCUUGGUGUAUUAAACAACCAAACGUCAAUACUGUAAUCACUGGUGCAUCCAAACCUGAACAAAUAGAAGAGAAUAUUCAAGCAGUAAAAUUGGCGUGCAGACUGACACCAGAUGUUUUAAAGGAAAUUGAAGAUAUAUUAAAUAAUAAGCCAUCUCCUCAAUUCAAUUUCAGAAAUUGUUAA